GGAGAGAACGGCGGGCGGCGCGGGCGCAGGCGGGCGCGGAGCGGGUGGCGGUGACAGGCGGCGCGAGCAGGCAGCCCCCUCCCGCGCGCGGCGCGCCGCCGGCCCCACCAUGGAGCCCGCGGUGUCGCUGGCCGUGUGCGCGCUGCUCUUCCUGCUCUGGGUCCGCGUGAAGGGGCUGGAGUUCGUGCUCAUCCACCAGCGCUGGGUGUUCGUGUGCCUCUUCCUCCUGCCGCUCUCGCUGAUCUUCGACAUCUACUACUACGUGCGCGCCUGGGUGGUGUUCAAGCUCAGCAGCGCGCCUCGGCUGCACGGGCAGCGCGUGCGGGACAUCCAGAAGCAGGUGCGGGAAUGGAAGGAGCAGGGGAGCAAGACUUUCAUGUGCACGGGACGCCCUGGCUGGCUCACUGUCUCGCUGCGGGUUGGGAAGUACAAGAAGACGCACAAAAACAUCAUGAUCAACCUGAUGGACAUUCUGGAGGUGGACACCAAGAAACAGAUUGUCCGUGUGGAGCCCUUGGUGACUAUGGGUCAGGUGACUGCCCUGCUGACCUCCAUUGGCUGGACGCUGCCUGUGUUGCCCGAGCUCGAUGACCUCACAGUGGGGGGCUUGAUCAUGGGCACGGGCAUCGAGUCAUCGUCCCACAAGUACGGGCUGUUCCAGCACAUUUGCACUGCCUACGAGCUGGUCCUGGCCGACGGCAGCUUUGUGCGGUGCACGCCGUCGGAAAACUCGGACCUGUUCUAUGCUGUGCCGUGGUCCUGUGGGACCCUGGGCUUCCUGGUGGCCGCCGAGAUCCGCAUCAUCCCCGCCAAGAAGUACGUCAAGCUGCGGUUUGAGCCAGUGUGGGGCCUGGAGGCUAUCUGCGAAAAGUUCACCCGUGAGUCCCAGCGGCCGGAGAACGACUUCGUGGAAGGGCUGCUCUACUCCCUGGAUAAGGCUGUCAUCAUGACGGGGGUCAUGACAGAUGAGGCAGAGCCCAGCAAGCUGAAUAGCAUUGGCAACUACUACAAGCCCUGGUUCUUCAAGCACGUGGAGCGCUACCUGAAGACGAGCCGCGAGGGCCUGGAGUACAUCCCUCUGAGACACUACUACCACCGUCACACGCGCAGCAUCUUCUGGGAGCUCCAGGACAUCAUCCCCUUUGGCAACAACCCCGUCUUCCGCUACCUCUUUGGUUGGAUGGUGCCGCCCAAGAUCUCCCUGCUGAAGCUGACCCAGGGCGAGACCCUGCGCAAGCUGUACGAGCAGCACCACGUGGUGCAGGACAUGCUGGUGCCCAUGAGGUGCCUGUCGCAGGCGGUGCACACCUUCCACAACGACAUCCACGUCUACCCCAUCUGGCUGUGCCCAUUCAUCCUGCCCAGCCAGCCGGGCCUGGUGCACCCCAAGGGAGAUGAGACCGAGCUCUACGUCGACAUUGGAGCAUAUGGGGAGCCACGCGUGAAGCACUUUGAAGCCAGGUCCUGCAUGCGGCAGUUGGAGAAGUUUGUCCGAAGCGUGCAUGGGUUCCAGAUGCUGUAUGCCGACUGCUACAUGAGCCGGGAGGAGUUCUGGGAGAUGUUCGACGGCUCCCUGUACCACAGGCUGCGGGAGCGGCUCGGUUGCCAGGACGCCUUCCCCGAGGUGUACGACAAGAUCUGCAAGGCCGCCAGGCACUGAGCCGGGGCCCCCCGGAAGGAGACAGACACGAGGGUGGGCCCUGUCCCCAGGUCCAGGAGGCAUCUUCUCUUCACUCAAGCUUGGCUGCUCUCCCACAUCCACACUUCCAGAAAGAACCCCCUCCAGCAAUCCCACCCAGACUGGCCCCACCGCUAACUCUGGCUCCCUGGGGCUGCCGCAUGGGGGGCAAAGGUCGUGGGCUCUGGAGUCAGACAUACCUGAGUCCAGUUCCCAGUUCAGCCACUCAUGAGCUGUGUGACUCUGGGCGAGUCACUCAGCCGCUCUGAACCCAGCUGUCCAUCUGCUGAAAGGGGGUCGCAGUGCCUGCCCGCAGGCCAUUGGCCCCCGGGCCCGGCGGCGGUCUCGCUGGAGGUGCGGCUGUGUGGACUGUGGCUUCCCGUUCAGCACUGCAUCUCCCUGCUGAGCCGUGGAGUCAGCACUGAGUCCGGGAAGGCCCCUCGUGAGGUCACCUGGGCGCAGGUUUGGCGGGAAGGGUGAAGGGGAGGCUCUCGAGUCACACCGCUGUUGCUUCAGUCAGCCAGAAGUGCCCCUCACAGAGAGAAGGAAGGAAGCUUCCUGUGUCUCCCUGGGCUCUCUGGAAGGCAACAGAUGGGGCAGGCAGGCCGAAGAUGUGCUGUGCCAAAGCCAGGUCCCAAUCCAAAGUUCCCUCCGCCAUCCUUGGUGACGCCCUGCCCCUUCCUCCUUCCCGCCCAGGCUUGCGGGCCCACCGCAGCCAUCACCCACGUCUCAGAGAGGACCGUGUCCUCAGAGAAGACGUUUCAGGGCUGGCUUCUGUCCCAGCCCAGGCAGAGUGGCUCCCGCUCUGAACUGGGUCCGGAGCACCUGCGCCCAUCUGUGGCUCCCCGACCCUCUGUGCCUCUUCUGGUCCCCAGAGCCUGCCUAGUCACAGUGGGGGUGCAUCGACGCUGCUCUGCGGCAUGCGGUGGGGGGUGGGGGUGGACCCCACCAAGCAGGAAGAUGGAGGCUUGGUGUGGAUUCUCACCAUGGGGUCCAAAGGAAAGACCAUCAACUUGUUUUCUCCAACCGCUCCUCCUCCCUUCGUUCUCCCCGGCCCACAGCUGUAGUUAAUUUCAGUGCCUUACAAAUCCUAAGCUCAGAGAAAAUUAGCCCCGGUUCCCUUCCAGAAGGAAGGGAACCUCCCUAGGUCCUUCCCAGCUUGUUAAAGCUUGGUUGUUUAUGCAACUCCAUCUGAAGAACGGCCCGGCCUCUGCUGAGGACCCAGCGUCUGAGAAGGAAGUGUGUCAUGUAGGGAGCUGGGAUUGAGUGACCUGUGCCAGGCAGUGACGUGCUGAGAGAGCGACACAGAGUGAGAGCGAGCACAGCACUAGGAGGCAGGAGCUGGCUCUCAGUCCCCGCUGCCUUGUCAGCAAGCUGUGCGACCGUGGGGAGUCAUCUGGCCUCUGAGCUGCAGCCCCUCACCUCCCCGGUGGGUAUAGCCAAGACCUCCCCCGGCCCUUCCACUGUGGGAGCACAUGGCUGUCCUAGACUGUGGGCUUGCAGUGCCUGCACAAGGCCAGAUCAAACAUAAGUCCUCCCAGUGGACACUUGGGUUGUCUCAUGUAAAUAAGGUCCUUCCUUCAGCCCAAGGCCAAGCGCACCGAUGGUUUGCAGGGAAAUUCUGUCUGGUCACUGCAGGUCGCCAGAAUCCCGGUGGAGCCAGGCUUUCCCGGGGGGAGGCUCAGCCGUCCCACUGUGGGCUCGACACACUAACAGGUGUCCUCGCAUGGCCCUGUGAGUGCUGGGCGCAUUAGUGGUACUCAGAGGGCACAGGAGCCCCCCCUCCUCCCCUCCUCAUUUGGCCUCUGGAGAGGGCAUGAGAAAAAAGUACGAAACCUCACCCUCCAGCUUGUCUGCAGAGCGCUUGCAGUCUGGCCUUGGCCCCCAUGGUGGGCUCCUGCGCUUCGAUGCGAAACUGAUGAGCCUACUUCCCGUGGAGGAAUGGUUAGCCCGAGCACGGCGAGCCCGCGACGGCGGCCCCAGCGUUCCCCCGACGGGCGUCCAUCCUUACGCCGCUGGGAGGGUAGCCAGAGACGCCAGCAGCCUCUCUCGCCCUGAGCCCUAGAAAAACCAAACGCCUGCCCUUCGCAGACCUUACCCGGAAACUGGGGCUUGGAAGGGAAGGUCUCGGGAUCACAGCAGCCUCAGGUUUAGGUUUCACUCCCGUCAAAUCCUGCUCCAACGGGGGCAGACUUCCAGGCAUGGCAAGUCACGUGACCGGCUUUUUCCCGUAGCCAGCCCCGCCCCUGUCCAUCCCUGUGGUGGUUUUGGGAGAGCGAAACUUGGCCCUGGGGGGAGUGUGUGUGGAAAGUGAAGGAAUAAGCCUUUCCCUUCCAGAGCCCCAAGUUUCUGGGCUGCACGAAGGUUUUCUGUAGAAUCCUCAUUGUGGCCAGUUUCUUCGGCUAGAAGGACGCAUCAUUUCAUCAGCUCUUCCGGAAGGGGUGGGGGGGUGCGUGCAGCAGUGCAUGGUGUGUGGUUUUUAUUUUUCCCAAGAGCAUGGGGACCAAGGAGAAAGGCUGAGCAUCCCCUAGCAGGCUCUUUCAGCUGCAGGAGUUGUGCCCGCUAUCCAGAACACUUCACAUCCACGUGGCCGUGUGGCCGCUGCUUCUAUAAAAAUAAAAGCGUGACCUGGAAACCA